AUGUACACUUUUUUGGAUCAGAAGACUCAACGGAAUGAGAGGAGUUCAACAAGUCACAUAACACUUGAUCCUGACACAAGUAUCAUUUACUUAUGUGGAAAGGGAAACAGCAGUAUUCGCUACUUUGAGAUCACGGAUGAAUCCCCAUAUGUCCACUACUUCAACACAUUCAGCGGCAAGGAGCCUCAGAGAGGCAUGGGUUACAUGCCCAAGAGAGGACUUGACGUUAACAAAUGUGAAAUUGCCAGAUUCUUCAAGCUGCAUGAGAGAAAGUGUGAGCCCAUUAUCAUGACUGUUCCCAGGAAGUCUGACCUUUUCCAAGAUGAUCUUGUAAGGGCUGCACUGGAGGCAGAAGAGUGGUUUGAAGGGAAGAAUGCUGACCCAAUCCUCAUCUCCUUGAAGCACGGCUACAUUCCAGGCAAAAACAGGGAUCUCAAAGUGGUCAAGAAGAACAUUCUGGACAGCAAGCCCACUGCAAAGAAGAAGUGUGACCUGAUCAACGUCCCCAAGAAAACCACAGACACGACUAGUGUGCAAAACGAAGCCAAGUUGGAUGAAAUUUUAAAAGAGAUCAAAUCUGUAAAAGACACAAUCUGCAAUCAAGAUGAGCGUAUUUCCAAGUUAGAACAGCAGAUGGCGAAGAUAGCAGCCUGA